CGUUGGUACAUGAGGAGUCAAGCGCGAAUGAGUAACUUCAUCAAAAUGAGUUUGUCAGCCGCGCUAUUUCUCAACAUAUUUAAGCAUGCGGAUGUAUUUGAAUCGUAUGCCACUAAACAGUGAUUCCUUUUUGCCACACUAAUGCCUUCUGGAGUUCUUUCUCUGCGUGUAGUCAGCUGUGAGUUCUAAAAGCAGCCUGCAACUUUUUUUUUGUUAAAGUUUUAUUUUGCAAACUAACCGCUCCAAUCAAACGUCGCCAUGAUCCCCGAAUGCCCCCGCGCCGGGGACUCGAGAAGCCGGACUCGCUGCCAGCACAACACCGCUCCAGAACCGAACCAGAGCCGCGGAGUCAGCGGUUUGUUGUCCGAAAUUAAAACUGCCAUCAAGAACGAACCUUUCACCGACCACUUCACCAUCAUCCCUGGGAAAGAGCUCGGAAGGGGAAAGUUUGCUGUGGUCAGAAAGUGUGUGGAGAAAUGCACAGGCAACGAGUACGCGGCAAAGUUCAUGAGGAAGAGACGGAAAGGCCAAGACUGCAGGAUGGAGAUCAUCCACGAGAUCGCAGUGCUCGAGUUAGCCACAGCCAGCCCUCGAGUGGUCAACCUCUACCAGGUCUUUGAGAUGGCGUCAGAGAUGGUGCUGGUCCUGGAGUUUGCGGCAGGAGGAGAAAUCUUCAACCAGUGUGUGGCAGAUCGGGAGGAUGAGGCCUUCAGUGAGGAGGACGUGAAGAGGCUCAUGAGGCAGAUUCUGGAGGGUGUCUUAUUCCUCCACCAGAACAACGUAGUCCACCUCGACCUUAAGCCUCAGAACAUCCUGCUGACCAGCAGCUCUCCUCUGGGCGACAUCAAGAUCGUAGACUUCGGUCUGUCCAGGAUGGUCAGCAGCCACCAGGAGCUCAGAGAGAUCAUGGGAACUCCAGAGUAUGUUGCUCCUGAGAUUCUUAAUUAUGAACCCAUAAGCACAGCAACAGACAUGUGGAGUAUUGGUGUUCUGGCCUACGUGAUGCUGACAGGAAUCUCUCCGUUCCUGGGUGAGGACAAGCAGGAGACGUUUCUAAACAUUUCUCAGCUCAACGUGAACUACAGUGAGGAGGAGCUGCAGCAGCUGGACCAGGCUGCCCUGACCUUCAUCCAGAUGCUGCUCCGUAAACAGCCUCAGGAUCGGGCGACAGCAGAGCAGUGUCUCAAACACCCUUGGCUCCAGUCCUUGCAGCAUCAGGUUACCAAGAAAGUGCAGGAGAUCCUCCCAGCAGAGGACCAGGAGGCGUCCAGCUCCACCAGCAGCUCCACAAACAGCCCAGAACCUCCCAGCAGCACCAACACAGCUGACGAGGAUGAGGAGGAGGAAGGUCCAGUGACUGAAGAGCUGAUCGUGGUCGCCGCGUACACUGUGGGUCAGUGCCGUCAGUCGUCCAACUCUUCUUCAGAGAAGGGGGCGCUCGCUGUCGAGCAGAAGGCCAUCUCCAAACGCUUCAAGUUCGAGGAGCCUUUCAGCGCUCUGCAGGAGGUCCCUGGAGAGUUCAUCUUCUGACCACGCCAACCUCACAACCAAGCAGGGGAGGGUCAGCACUCUCAUGGUAACAAACAUCCGAUGAAAAGAGUUCGCCUCCAUGUAAACUGUAUGUGUACAUCAGACACAUCUGUACAGUUAAUCUGGAUUUAUUUAAGCUUUCUGUCUUUAAGUGCAUUUUUAAGCACACUCUCUUCAUAACUCAUCUUUGGUUUGACUCUCACCACAUCACCUAAAACACAAACAGCAGCUUCAUAACUUCAUGGUUUUCUUAUGCAUGUUUCCUUUCUCCCUGAGCAAAUGGCCAAACACAGACAGCAUGACAGAGUCACUGAUUUACAGGAACUGACUUCAACUUUUUGUAUUGGAGAGUGAUCCUUUAGUAAAGUUAUUUUGAAUAAACUUAAACAGAAAUACAUCUGCCAUAGAAAAGAUGGAGGCAAAGGCUAAAUUCAUAUAUCUGCCUCUUGUUCCAGGCCUUUAAAGGUAGAAUUUUUGCACUGAAAUAGUUAGAUAUUUUUAGUUGAGUUCUAACUUUACCUCAAAUAUUCCCAACAAGAGAAAUCCUUAAUUUUUACAGCUGUGAUGAGGUGUGUCUUAUUUUAAGAUUUAUUUUUGGGCCUAUUUUGGGAGAAGACAGGACAGAGGAUAGUGAUGGAAAUAGAGGGGAAGCCACAGAUCAGUCUCAAAGAUAGAGGCGUGUCUUGUUGUGGCAAAUGAUUUUAUUUAUAUUAAAAUGGUUUGAUUAACCAGCAUUCAGAUGCAGAAACAACCACAUGCAGAGAAAACAAAGCUGAGACAUAAUACAAGAGAUAUUGUGUGUAAACGGGUGUUCAAAAUCAUCAAAAUAGCAUACACAAACAUUUACACGAUUUAUCUGUUUUAUUUUGUGUUUGUAAAGAAAGUAACACAGGGAACCCAAGACAGACAACUCUGCAGGUGACUUCAGUAACUAAAUAACUGUCCAGAAUACAAAUAGAGAAGAAAACAUGUUAGAUGAAAAAACACAUUGAGCUUUUGCAUUUAAUCAUAAUAAAUGAGACUGGAGAGCUUCUUUAAACCAGUUGUAGUAUUGAUAAUUACUCUAUGAUUAAGGGCAUGAAUAGAUCUAUGAAACAAAUCUAAGAAAACUGUGACUGAAGAAACAAAGGCACUUGCUUUAAAAAAAAAAAACAAAUGAAAAAGCCUUCAUUAAACUGUCAUGUUCUUCAAAUAUUAAAAACUGAUUUCAAUGCAUUUUAGUGUACAGGGAAGCUAAUUCUUUACAUACUUCUGCUGUAACUUUCUAAAAAAAAGCUGCAUUCCAAUUUUGUGUUUUAAUCAUGUUCUAAAUUAGGCUAGCCAAGCACUAUACGGUCUUCAAAUCUUAACAAUUCUAAUAAUGUGGAAGACCACAGACAAGAGGACCGUUUCAAAUGAUUUUCAUGUUAAAAUCCAUUCACUUGGCAUCUGUAGUCCAGUAUCACACUGAAGAUUAAACAUACACGAGAUCUCACAGAAACUUGCAUGAACAAAGAAAAGGAAAUACAAACAUGGAGGGUGAUCACAACCCUGAGCUAACUAUCCUGAUGUGCAGCACAGUUGCAACAAAAACCCAAACGGUGGAAAAUACUGAGAUGAAGGUGUAGUUGUAUUAAUGUACCGGCCUGCUCGCUCAUAUCAGUUGUUGCUGUUAUUCAACAUGUUCAAUAUUUACCAUUUUACUUUUGGGAAAAUAAUUAUUUUGACACCACAACAAGCCUAGACUCUAUAUACGCCCCCCCAGAGUGUCUGGUUGGCAUAUGUGGCCCAAGGUCUGGCUUGAAAUUGUACUGAAAAUGUUUUGCCAGCUUAAAGAGCUUGUCAGUACAAGACAAGUGCCUUUGUUUCUUUGAUAUUUUUCUUGCUUUUUACUUAGAAAAGUGUACAUUCAGGACCUGGCUAUAUAUAGCCCAACAGUGUGGUUCUGGAAGUAAAAAUGCCAUUCAUUUCUCCAUAUCAGAUUUACUUAUCAUCCAUGCUGUAGAAAAUAGCCAAGUUAGACCUACCACAAGCUCCUUGAGCUUUAAAUAAUGGUAUAUUUUCCUGUAAGAUAUCCAACUAUUUUCAAUAUUGCAACUAGGGCUGUCAAGAUUAAUCAUAUUAAUCAUGAUUAACUGAGAUCCACGUGUCCCUGAAGCAACAGGGAUGUAAGUAAGUCCAUCUCUGCUCCUAAAUGCCUCAUUUCACUUUAGAAACUCACAGAAAGCUCAGUAGUCAAGUCAGUUAUGAAACAUUUACCUUUUUACUGUACCCUCAUUUGCUUUUCAAUCCAUAACAAGUUCCUUUUUAGCUGGUCAAGUUCAUGUUAAAAUCUUUGAUCUAACUGUAACAGGUCUGCAUCGUCACAGUGUGUCAAGUACCCUUAGCCAGCAAGGGACAGUAGGAAAAACUCAAAAUGACGAAACUAUUUUGAAUGGAAAAUAGUAGAAUUUUAAACUGUGAUUAGAAAUAUGCGCAGAAAAGAUACAUGUAGCAAAAGGUACAUGUAAGGUUGGAAGGUUAGAAAAAAUAUCCUUAACAACAAAUAAAAGGAAUCGCAGGGGAUUGUGGGAUUUGUAGUUCCUUCAUCCUCAUCAAAAGAUAUGCACACAGUACAUUGUCAGUCUUGUACCUUUUGCCUUUUUCCCGUGUUUUUAAUGUUGUUUUCAUGCAGAAUCAAAUGUUUUAUAGUCAUGAGUAUGCAGGUACCUUUUCAGCCUAAUUUUUGCAGUGAAAGUGGUCCAAUAAGGGUUUUUGAGAAAUGGCAAUGGAGGAUUUGAAUGCGAAUUAUUUUGGGAACCAGAGCCCCUGAAAAAGUAGCAGACACUGCUGAGCUCUGUAGACAAGCAGGAUGCAAGCACAGUAGUUGUUAACUCUCAAUCCCUCUUGUAGCAUGAACAGUUGUUCUGUCUCCAGAGUCAACCAUGCUAGCCGCCUCAUUCAAAGAGAACUAAAGUUUAUUUAACAUUCACAGUAUCUAUGAGGGCGUUCAAGCACAGCACUGCCCUUAAUUCUUCUCCUCUGAUGCUGUCUUUUGUUAUUGUUUUGAUUGAGAGCCCCCGUUGCAUACUGCAUGUUUAAACCUGCAUGUGAUGCAUGAAAACAAUUUAAGAAAAAAUUUGUAAGUCUAAGUAUGAGAAAUAACAGAUUUGGUGCAAUGUAAAACCUAAAAACAAUGUAUAAAACAAAGCAUUCUUGUAAUUCAAAACAAAUUCUGAUUGUGGCCAUAAUGAAUUUCCCUGUCCAGUCCUAAUGUUAAUUCAACAGUCUCAACAUUUAAACUAUUAAUGAAAGCAUCUGUGACAUUCAACACAGAGCAGAAGGCAGUUAACCGAUAAGUCAGAUCAGGUGAAAAUGACAAGCUCUCUCCAGCCACAUAUUCAGCAUCUUCCAUCUUCUGCAGGGUCGAUAUUUUUCUACAUGCUGUGUAAAUAGCACUCAUACAGUUCCAGUCAUCAUGUUUUUAAUGCAUGUGUACCGAUGACUGGAGUUUGAUUUGCAGUUGGGAUGUUUGUUACGCUCAUAUUUACAACAUUUUGACCUGAUGUUUGAAUUCAGAAGCCAAAUCUCUGUCCGUUUCUGUCCAUUUCUUCGUCAAGGCUGCUUUCCUAUGAACAGAACCAGCUCCUUUAAGCUCCACCUUUCUUCUUUUUUUGUCUUAUUUUGUAUUUGGUGCCAAGCGUGGAGAAAAUAUUUGAUGAUUUAGGUCUUGCUGUUUUUUAUUUGAAGAUAUUUCCAUGUAAUAUUGCAGAUAUAUCUCUAAGGUGAUAUUUUGGAGUUUUCUAAUUCUGUGUAAAUAAUUAAAAAGUAGUUGCUUUGACACAGAAUAUUUGACAGUGCUGUUAAAAGAGCCAUUUCACUGAUUCCUCUCUCAUUACUGAGGGACUUUCAAGUGGUUCGGCUCAUUCUGAAUCAAUGACAGCAGAGCACUUCUAUUCUUCCAGUGGGUCUGUAUUGUAAAUUAAUGUUAAUGAAAAAAAUAAGCUGUUUGUAUACGAAUGUCUCCUACUGUAAAUAAAUAUUUCAAAGUGUGCCGAGAGUCUGCAUUUUAUUUAAGUUUAAAAGUCAAAUUACACAAGCCCUCAUCAGCUGAUGGCCAGCUGAUUUGUUCUAUGCAUGCUGUUGGCUAAUUGUGCUCAUGCUGCCUUAUUUAAACCGCUCAUGCCUGGCUACGCUCUGCUGCUCUUUCUGCAAGCUGCUCUUGCAACCCUCCUCCACCCCAGCUCCUCCUUAUUGACUUAAUCAAUGUCAUUCUGUAGUCAGUGAUGCCUACUCUGCUUUAUGUUUUUGCUGCUUCUCUCUUUGCCUUAGGCUUUCUUUGUUGGCAGAGGAAGAGCAGGAAUGUGUGCUGUUUUUUCUUCAUGUUUGCACGUAGGCUUGUGGAAGGGCAGGGGGAUCUCAGAACAGUCACAACAUAAAUAACAGUAUAAUCAUAAUAAUCUAAUUAAGACGUAUUUUUAACCACAUAUCGUUUCUUGACAAAAUGGUCCUGACUGAAAUGUGUGUUGCUUCAGUGCCAAGGUCAACUUCAACGCCAUCUCUUUUGUCCAGUCUCUCUCUUUUGGCCAUUGGUAAUAUGCUGAGGGACCACCAGAGGUUUUCGGGCCCUGGGGACAUCCAUGGCGGGCAACCUACGUCCUGCCUAGAUGGUGCAAAAAGCUGUGCUUACUCGCCAUAUCAACCCCCUCACUCAGCCCUAGAGAUGUAGGCUUUGUUAUUUUUCUGACAUGCUAUUUUCCCAUGUCCCUGUUAAUAUGCAAAGACUUCCAGAGCAAAGCUGGGGUUGUGUUAACCUUCCUUUGGCUCAAUGGUGCCCCUUUGGCAGCUUACCUUCCACAUCUACGCUUUACCUCAGCUGAAAAUUUUGGCCAAACAUGCAUAAAAGUUCUGCACAGAACUGUGCGAAAUAUGUUCUGAGCAUGCACUGAGAAAAUCAGAGCGGCAGCACAAGCAAGCAGAAGCAACCUGAAUGGAGAUAGUUUGAGCAUGAGCGCAUGAAUUUUGCGCAAACUAAAGAUUUGAGAGCAAAAGGACAUUUCGAGCAAAAACAGGAAAUCCAAGCACAUGAAGGGGUUUGGGGGUUUUUUUUAGCACAAAGGCAGCUUUACCUUCUGAGUCUAAAAUCAAUAAGUAGUGAUGCAUAAGUAUUUUACAAAUAAUUACCUUCUCCUGAUAGCUUAUAACUGAUCAUUUUUUUCAAUUGUUGAUCUUAAAAAGUUUUUUUAUUUUUUUUAUUAUUUUUUACAUAUUUUGAGGUAAGAGUGUUUUUUAUGUAGUUAGCAAAGAUAUUUAAAUCAGCAGAGACAAUAUGAGUGUAACUGAUUUAUCUUACAGGUUUGGAAAUGUGAACUGUCUUUAGUGGAUAGACUCCAUCAGGAUGUCUUAACAUGUAGGGAAAGUGAGGCAAGCAGCAGGAUGGGAUAGCCCCUAUGGAGUCUAGACAAAAGUGGUGGUGAUGGAAGGAGAAGGAUAAGAUGGGGAAUGGGCUCCUAAGGAGUUUGACCUAGACACUGGAAGGGAUGAGAGAUGGCACAGAGGAGCUGGAUCUGGACAGCGAUGAGAGGUAAUGGAGGUGGCUGGGGUGGAGGAGGGUUGCAGCAGUCAGUGAGUAGACGCCCAUACAA